CUUCCAGAACACGCGUUGUAGCGUCUUACCUUGGCCCUAUCCUCCCAAGGCUCUGUCGAAUCAUGCCUGUCAAUUCAGAACCUGUAGUCCCUGCCGAACUCUGCGAUACCGUCAUCGACCAUCUUCACGAUGAUCCUCGCACCCUCGCAGCGUGCGCGCUCGUCUGUCGAGCAUGGGUCCCCUCUUCACGGAUGCACCAAUUUCACACCGUCAUCCUCCACCGGUUCCCCGGCUGGCGAGGCCGACGACUCUCGCUCAUUUCCGACCCGUCAUCGACGGUCCUCCCAUACAUACGUCGCCUUGCACUUGGAGAAGGCAGACGGCGCGGAUCUGAGCCAUAUUGGCUUGACGAAGCGUUGCUCGAGAUUCGCGUCGAUGAUCUAGUAGCACUAGAGUAUCUAGAGCUCAUCGACCUCAAUUGGGAAAUGCUCUCGUUGGAGUCGGUCAGACGCCUCCAUAUGCUAUGCCAUCGACCUCAAAGUGUGGCUGUGCGGCUCUCUUUCAUUCCCAGUCUCUGCUCCCUGCUCGACCUACUCCAAGCAUGCGACUCAGCCCACAAGUUCGUCGCCGACGGAAACGACGAUGUACAUGAGCUCGCAGCCAUGCCUGCUUCGUUGACCAUGCCACAACACCUACACACCCUGGAAGUCAACGGCUUCAUGGCCCAUUUCACUCAUGCCCUCUGCCGCCUUGCACCGAAGCAUGACAACAUCCGUACGGUCUACAUUCCAUCUAUCUUCAUCGGACAGGCUGCCGGGAUCGCCCGCUUCAUGCAAUGGUGUGGCUCAACCGUCGAGGAGAUCAGUCUAGACUUCCCGGAUCCACGCACCAGGCGGGAUGAUUCUGAGCUCCAGGAAGGUAGAGGCUGCGUCUCGUAGACAAGCUCUCCCACUGACAAUCUUACCAGCUCCAUUCUGCGACGCCGGAGGAUUGAAGGACAACACAUCGCUCCGCGUCAUCAACCUCAUUGGUGCUCCCUCAGGCCUGCUGUCAAUUCUCAGGCAGGUCAGCUCCGAGGUCGUUGAGCAGGUCAGCAUCGACACCGCUCCUGGCGCCCUGAGCGAUCUCGAUUUCGACGGGCUCGCUGCCCUCUUCUCAAGAGGCGUCUUCGCAUCGGCGAAGCUCCGCAUACUUGGCUCGGACAUACCCGUGCAGC